AUGAGCAAACCCGCUGGUUCAACAAGUGGGUGUUUGGAUAUUCUGAAUGUUAAAUCAAGUCGUAUCUUGGAUAUCCCGUGUAAAGUGUGUGGGGACCGUAGCUCUGGGAAACAUUAUGGCGUGUACGCGUGUGACGGCUGCUCUGGCUUCUUCAAGAGGAGCAUCCGCAGAAACAGGACAUACGUCUGUAAAUCAGGUUCUCAGGGAGGAUGCCCCGUGGACAAAACGCACAGAAACCAAUGCCGAGCGUGCCGUUUGAAAAAGUGUCUUGACGUGAACAUGAAUAAAGACGCCGUUCAGCACGAGAGGGGUCCCAGGACUUCCACCAUACGCAAGCAGGUCGCCCUAUAUUUCCGGGGGCACAAAGAGGUGAACGGUUCAUCGACCCACUUCCCGGGCUCGAGCCUACCGGGGCCGCCGUUUUUCACUACGGUCACGCAGUUGGAGCCACAUAACUUGGAAAUGAGCGCCGUAGCCAGCACGCCGGAGAGGCAGGCCAUCGUUGGACUGGCCCAGCCCACCCCAAAGUACCCUCACGAGGUCAGCGGCACGCCCAUGUACCUCUACGAGGUCGCUACGGAGUCCGUGUGUGAGUCAGCUGCGCGCCUGCUCUUCAUGAGCAUCAAGUGGGCCAAGAGCGUUCCCGCCUUCUCCACGCUCCCCUUACCUGACCAGUUGAUCCUGUUGGAGGACGCCUGGAGGGAACUGUUUGUUCUGGGCAUAGCGCAGUGGGCCAUUCCGGUGGACUCCAACACCCUGCUCGCUGUUUCCGGUAUGAACACAGACAACACAGAGUCCCAGCGGUUGAAUAACAUCAUCUCAGAAAUACAAGCCCUGCAGGAGGUCGUUACUCGCUUCAGACAGCUGCGUCUGGACGCAACCGAGUUCGCCUGUUUGAAGUGCAUCGUCACGUUCAAAGCUGCUGUGCCAACGCAUGGCGGGUCAGAGUUGAGGAGUUUUCGCAACGCCAGUGCCAUUGCUGCACUACAGGAUGAGGCACAGCUCACUCUAAACAGUUACAUACACACCAGAUAUCCAACUCAGCCCUGCCGCUUUGGGAAGCUGCUCCUGCUUCUACCAGCUCUGCGGUCAGUCAGCCCGUCCACCAUAGAGGAAGUAUUUUUCAAGAAGACCAUCGGGAAUGUGCCCAUCACAAGGCUCCUGUCUGAUAUGUACAAAUCAAGCGAUAUAUGA